AUGCGUGAUUCAGGCGAUUUAGAUAGUGAAUCAGAGCCAUUUAGUAGUGGUUCUAGUGAUAACUUUGAGCCAUCAGUAAGUGAGAGUGAAGGUAGUGCUAAUGAAGCUGGUCCUGCGAUUCGAUUGGGCACAUUCCACCGAAGAGUCUGCAAAAAGGCAUUUUGUGCUAUGCAUGGAGUGUCUGGUAAAAGAGUUGAGCGUCUUGGCUCAUAUAUUGCAGUCAAUACAACUACCACUGCACCACCAGAUUCAAGGGGAAAACAUCGAAAUAGGCCCAAUCUAAUCCCACAGGAGUUAGUUUUGCAAGUCGACAGCCAAAAGUUUUCCACGCAGGAAAUCUCAUUACAAUACUUCAAAGCGAACUUUAAUAUAAGUUUUGGACAUCCACGCUCCGACACCUGCCAAGUAUGUGACCGUAUAGAUAUUCAGUUAAAAGGAAGAGCAACCCUUUCAGAGGACGAAAUCAAAAAAAUUGAAACUGAGAAGAAUCUUCACCAAACUAAAGCCGAGGUUUUUUUCAAAGAUAUGAGAGAAAAAUCAGAUCAUGAACAAAAUGCCCCCUUGCCAAAGAUUCCAUCAGAAAAAGUUAAGCUAUAUAAUAAGCCGUUACCCCUUAAGAAGGCAAAAUAUGACAAUGUGAUGCAUCUCGCGGAAAAGUACGUUCCCAAGGCAGAUAUUGGAUACUACAACUCCCUUGUUUCGGACGAAAUUAUGAAUGAGGAGACUGAUGACACAGAAGAUGAUGAAAAUGAUGCUGAAUAA